AUGGCACCGGUAAUAGACAGCUCUGCCAUUCCGGGGACGGUGACAUUGGUUGAUGUUCAGCAUGUUUUGAACACACGUCACGCUCGAGGCGAUUCAGACAUUGUUUUGAUCCCGACACCUUCAAACGACCCGGAUGACCCUCUCAACUGGAGUCCGAGAAGGAAGCUUCUAUCUACAAUCUGUGUCAGCACUUAUACUUUGUUUGCCGGUAUCGCGACUUCGGUCGUUUAUUCUGUUCUAACACCCCUCUCCGAAGCAACGGGCCUCCCCGUCAGCACCCUCAAUGAAGGCACGGGAUAUCUUUUUCUGUUGGCCGGCUGGGGAUUGUUGUUCUGGCAACCCUUCGCUAUGCAAUUUGGGAAGCGGUUGACAUAUUUAUUGUCAUUGGCGGGAGUUCUAGGUAUGACUCUGUGGGGACCAUAUUCUGGUACCAAGGGCCAAUGGAUCGCUCGAAACGUUGUACAAGGCUUUUUCACAGCACCAAUCGAAGCUCUACCAGAGAUCAGCGUAACGGAUGUGUACUUUACACACGAACGAGGUACAUACAUGGGCCUAUACGCCUUCUUCUUGGCGGGCAGCAACUACUUCGCCCCGGUGAUUUGCGGCUUCAUCGCCGAAUACCAAGGCUGGCGCUGGGUUUUCUACUGGCCCAGCAUCUUUAUCGCCUUCGCGAUGGUAUUUCUCUUCUUUUUCAUGGAGGAAACAAAUUACGUCCGCGAACAUGUUGAAGACCCCACUGUUGCCAAUGUUCGACUUGGAUCUUCUCAUGGUGGCUCUACUGUUGGAGACAAUGAGAAAGGCGUGCCGGUCACGAAGGAGCCUUUGCCCAUUCCGGAGGUUGGUACUGUCUAUACGAAAAAACCAUAUAUCAAAAAGUUAUCUCUGCUGGGCCCGAAACAGAAACAAAACACCAUGUUUCGACAACUUUGGCAGAGUUUGUACUACCUGUCAUGGCCGGUCAUCUUUUAUGCUGGCUUCUCAUAUGGAUCCUAUCUUGUCUUGUUCAAUAUUUUAAACGGAACUGCUUCGAUUAUUUUGGGUGGACCGCCCUACAACUUCCAAUCUUCUAUGGUCGGUGUGAGUUACGUUGCCUGCUGUCUCGGGGUAACUCUGGGUUCCCUAUUUACCGGUCGCUUUAGUGACUGGUUGACUGUAAAGUUAGCCCGUCGGAAUGGCGGCGUGAUGGAAGCAGAGCACCGACUGUGGCCCUUUGCCGCCAACCUAAUUCUCGUGCCAGGCUCACUUCUACUUUGGGGUGUUGGUGCCGCGAACGAAAUUCAUUGGUUUGGCCUGAUCGUCGCGAUGUGCAUGCUUGCCUUCACAAAUACCAGCGGUAUCACACUGAGUGUCAACUACAUGGUUGACAGCUACCGAGAGCUGAGCGGAGUAGCGAUGACCACUGUUAUUUUGGUGCGAAAUACAAUGUCUUUCGCGAUUGGCUAUGGAAUCACCCCCUGGAUUCAGAACAUGGGUUACCAAAAUUGCUUUAUAUCCGCAGCCUUCGUUGGACUUGCAUGUGCCUCGAUUUUCCUCGUGAUGAUCAAAUUCGGGAAGUCAUUCCGUAUCCGCAGUCAGGAGAGGUAUUGGAAGAUUGUCGAGGAGAAUUGGGAAAAGGGGAUGGCACACUAG